AUGGGCCUUGAUAAUGGACCCAAAAUAAACCUGAGAUUCUUGAUUAAACGCGCGGACUACCUUCGUGAUCCUGCGUCUUGCACACAGACCGACCUCCAAAGAGCGACACCAGGAGACGAACAUCUGAAAGUGUUCGCCCUCCUAGGUAAUGGUCGGCUCGAUUAUCGGUUAGACGAGAUGUUUAUCAACGUAGUGAUGGACCGGCUACCGAUUUUAUGUGGUGUUUGGAGUAGGCAAGGCGAUAUGUUGAAGCAGUUAAUGGAAAAGGGAGCAUCGAUUCUUCUCGAAGAAGACAUUGAGUCCGACAAGACAGUCCUUGCCGUAGCUGCAGAAAGGGGAUUCGAAGCAUUGCUCAGCGUGCUCAUUGAGCAGCGAGCUGAUAUAGAGGUCAGGGGCGCCGUUAUGGCAAGACGCCGCUUCACUUUGCUGCGGAGAAUGGCCAUGAAAGAGUGGCCAAGUAUAUUGCUCGACAACGGUGCGGACAUCGAAGCUCAGGACACACUGUUCGGACAAACCGCACUGUUAUGGGCUUCUGAGAAGGCCAUACCGCAGUUGUGA